CUAAACCGCACCUCCACGUUAGUGCACCAAGUGGCUUGUGCACCGAGCGGUUUGCGAGUUUUUGUUUGGGAACAAAGACCCGCCGCUUCCGCUGCACUUGGUAUAAAAAGCAAUCUGGCUGCUACACUGAGAGCUACACGCAUCUCGGCUCUCUUCUCUGUUACGAAGAAUUCUGGGAACUCCAGAAAGGAAGGCUCCACGUUUUUACGCGGACCAAGGCAGCUAUGAAGUUCUUCGCCGUAGCCAUUGUUCUUGCUCUGGUGGCAAGGGGCGUUCUUGCUGACGGACGCCCCCAAGAAGGACGUUGCCAACAAAUUGGACGUUCCCAAGAAGGACGUUGCCAACAAGUUGGACGUUCCCAAGAAGGAGGACGGUACCAAGGAAGGACAAGGGACAUCGAAGGACGUGGAGGCUACUUGGGUGGAGGUCACGGAUACGGCGGCGGAUACGGCGGCGGCUAUGGCACUGGUGUGGGCGGUUAUGGCGUACCUGGUGUCGGCGGCCCCGCUGUUGGCACUAAACUUAUUGGAGGCGCCGGCGGGCACGGUUACGGAGGCGGUAGCGGCUACGGUGGUCACGGUUAUGGAGGUGGCGCCGGCUACGGCGGAGGCUACCAGUCUGGCUACGGCAGUUCUUCAGGCGGCUAUCACGGAGGCUUCCAGGGUGGCGCUGGCGGCUACAACAAAGGAUCAUCGGGCUUCGCCGGUGGUUCUUCCCACAAGAAUGUCAACGCUUACAACAAGAACCAGGGAUACAGUCACAGCUCGGGAUUCUCGUCAAGUAGCAGCAACACCUUACGGCACCGGCCACCAGCAGGCAUCGUCCGGAUUCGGUGUCGGUGGUUCUGGGCACAAGGGUGGCUACGGACAGUCGUCGUAUGGCCACAGUGCCGGUGCUGGCUUCGGAGGAGGCGCUGGCGGAGGAUACCACGGCUAAAGUUUUGCUACGAUCUCUACGCAGCUGCGUCGUCGGUGUCACUGCCGUAAUUUGGUUUCUUGGAGGCAUCCAAGCAUACAAUAAAGCUUGUUUCAUAAAAU